AUGACUGAGCAAAAAUUUAGUAAGGUAUUACAGAAUAAUGCUCACGAAGUGAACGUAAUUGAUUUGCUGCCAGUGGAGGAUGAAACACUGGAGUUCGAGCUCUUCGACAAGCGGUUGAGGAGUCACGAGCGUAGAGAGAAACAUGCUGCUAAAACGAUAAAGCCUGAUUCACCAAGAAAGAGCAAACAACAUCUCCCACUCACAACAACAACCUCAUCUUUGACAACAACCCUCAUUGACGCUACUGUACAAAGGCUUGUCAACGAUACCAUUGCUGGGAAUCCCACUUCCUCAGCUACGGACUCCAUGGAAUCUACAAUGCCAAAUUCACUCGUUCUAUCUACAGCAACAGCUACUUCUCCAAUGACCGAAAUAAUUACCCGUGGUGCUGACACGACUAGUGAAUGGAGUUCAACCACUUCAAUGACCACGUUAUUUUCGACCACUCCACAAGAGCCAGAUGUUUCAGCAGACAAAAAUACUACUGAUGACCUCCCAUUCAAAAAGAGACGUCCACAGCUGGCGACUCCAACUAAGGCGAGAGGACAACAUUGGGUGAUCAGGGGUCACUUUCGCUCACCGCCAAAAGCAUCCUUAUCGGAGAAGGUUGGUGCUCCUGCUGUCUCCGAUCGACGCACACAGGCCAUAGCACCUCCGAGAAUUGGAAGCAUCCAGGGAUUAAGUCUUUUGGAUAAUGGAGUUGGAAGCAAUUCUCUGAAGUUGAAAUUGAGUAGGGGUGAAAACAAUUUCAAAUUGAGGAAAAGCGACACACUGUUGCCAAGGAUGAAGGCA